AUGGAACCAGAUUCAACGGUAGAAGACAUCGUUGAAUCGUCAUGGUCGCUUUCCGAGAGCAUCAGAAACUUUCCACAAGAGUUUGGCAGAACAUAUCACGCAUACAAGGCAGGGUCAUAUCCCUUUCCCAACGACACCAUCGAACAAGAACGUCUAUUUCUGCAAUUCAACGCCUUGACACGGCUUUUCGGGGGCAAAAUCUACUUUGCACCUUUAUCUGCCCAGAAUCCCCCACGCUUGGUGCUAGAUAUCGCCACUGGAACGGGGGAGUGGGCUAUUCAGAUGGGUGAUGAGUUUCCACAAGCGCAGAUUGUGGCCACGGAUCUAUCCCCUAUUCAACCAGAAGAUGUCCCACCAAACGUGUCAUUCUUUGUUGAAGACUCAUCGGAGCCCUGGGAGUAUUCGCAAAAGUACGACUACAUCCACACACGAGUGACGUCGGGCUGCUGGUCGUCCUUUGAAGAACAGAUUGCCAAGCAGGCGUUUGAAAACCUGCAACCGGGCGGGUGGUUUGAAUCUCAAGAACUCGACAGCAUCAUAACCAGCGACGACGACACGCUACCCCAAGACUCGGCGCUGAGCCGCUGGUUCCACGACAUGGCCACGGCCGGAGCCAUUUGCGACCGGCCGACCAUGAUGGCGCACACGCUUCGCGAGGUCUAUGAGCGCGUGGGGUUUGUGGAUGUGCAGGAGCGGAUAUUCAAGAUGCCGUCGAAUGGAUGGCCAAAAGACGAGCGGCUCAAGGACAUUGGGCGCAUGUGGGAGAGAAAUUUCUUGACGGGCCUGUCGGGGUUUUCGUUUAGCAUGUUUAAAAAGGCAUUCAACAAGACGCAAGAGGAGAUUGAGGUUGCCUUGGUGGAUGUGAGACGUCAAGUUUCCGACACGCGUAUACAUUCCUAUAUGCCAAUUUGGGUUGUUUGGGGACGUAAACCAUAUGAAAACGAAUAG